GAGUGUUGUGUCCGGGAAGGGGAGGGACUCCGACAACAAGUCUGGGGCGCUGCUGUGCUACUUACAAGGCUGCACCAGUGCAACGUUUUAAUCCUAAAUACUCGAUUCUAGUGCUUGUUGUUUUUGUGCGUAACAAACAGAGGCGUGCUGCAAAGCAUCGCGGCUUUUAUUUUUGUUUCAAGGCGCGUUUAGCGCGGCGCUGCCCGGCCCGGCCUGCACGCUUUGCAGAGGGGGGAUAAGCCUAUAGCGCAAGCUAAUGGCAGCCGGGCUCAUUGCUGCCAUAAAACGUACGUCAAGUUUGUCCGUGAACUUUGUCACAUUUCGGAGCCAUGUCCAGCCUACUGCUGGUGAGACACGGAAGGAGAGCGGUGUCGGUAAUCGGCAAGGGGCGCAGAGGCACCGACGCACUUUCAGGAGUUCAUCCGGUUGCGCGGCGCUUCAUCAUAGAUAUGUCCUACUCAGCGCACUUCAUGGAUUUUAAAGGAUCCUCCAUACCGAGCAGUAUGAGAAAGCUGGUCGGGAACAAGCUUAGUCCUAAUUUCAGAGAGGCCGCUUCUCUGCAAACCGUCGCGGUUCCGACACCCGGAGACGCGGACUUGCUCGUCAGAAAUCGUUUUGUGGGAGUCAACGCUUCUGAUAUUAAUUACUCAGCAGGCCGUUACGACCCCUCAGUGAAGCCCCCCUUUGAUGUUGGUUUUGAAGGUAUUGGUGAGGUUGUCGGCCUCGGCCUUAGUGCCAGCUCCCGUUUCACCGUCGGGGACACUGUGGCCUACUUCAGCAGUGGUGCGUUUGCCGAGUACACAGUGGUGCCAGCCAAGGAAAGUGUGCCUGUGCCUGCAGUGAAGCCAGAGUUCCUCACCCUGCUGGUCAGCGGCUCCACGGCCUACAUCGCCUUGAAACGUCUGGGCGACCUGGCCAAAGGUGAGACGGUCCUGGUCACGGCGGCUGCGGGUGGAACGGGACAGUUUGCCGUGCAGUUUGCCAAACAGGCCGGUUGCCAUGUGAUCGGAACCUGUUCAUCCAACGAGAAAGCGGGCUUCCUCAAAUCCAUCGGCUGCGACCGGCCGAUCAACUACACCAAAGAAGACCUGGCUAAGACGCUGAGGAAGGAGUACCCACAAGGCGUAGACGUGGUGUACGAGUCAGUUGGAGGCAGCCUCUUAGAACUGGCAGUGAACUGUUUGGCCAACAAGGGCCGGCUGAUAGUGAUCGGCUUCAUCUCGGGGUACCAGACUGCAUCAGGGAUCCCACCCUUCAAAGGGGGAAACCUUCCGGUCAAGCUGCUCCAGAAGUCGGCCAGCAUGCGAGGUUUCUUCCUGCCCCACUUUCUCAGUGACUACAGGGAGGCUCUGGGUAGCAUGAUGCAGAUGUUUGCAAAGGGGAAGCUAGUGUGUGAGGUGGAUUUGGGGGAUUUGGCACAGGAGGGGAGGUUCAUAGGCUUGGAGUCAAUCUUCCGGGCUGUGGACUACAUGUAUGCUGGCAAAAACCUGGGCAAGGUGGUGGUGGAAGUGGCACCACCCCCUGUUAGCAACAGUAAGCUGUGAUUUCACUGAUUGUUAAUGUACUAAAAAAAUCAUACUUGAACAUCUGAGCUUUAAUUAUUUUUUAUAGAGAUUAUGUUCUUUAUUUUUGUCAGAUGAUCUAUACAACACUCUUAAGUCUACACACUGCUUCUACAAAUAAACAAAAUGAGCCACUUAUUUUCUGUUAUCAUGAUUUUGGAAAUGAUGCAAUACAAAGGUAUUUUUUUUAUUAUUUGUGUGAGGCUGUACGUCAUUUGUAAUUAUUGAUUUAAUAUGAAUAAAUAUUAACAUUAACUAAUAACUACGUACUGAUGAUCAUAUUGGAGAAAUAUUCUGAUUAAAACUCAGAAACAGUA